AUGGUUCGCCCAUCAACCCCUAGAAACUCAAAGGAACUACCUAACCCAAACGGCUACUGUGAUUUGAUGGAGUUUGAGAAGCUUAAUAUGAAAAAUAAUGAGGCAAUAGAGGGAUACACCAUGGGAGCUGAAUUUGGGAAAAGAGCAAUAAGGGAGCAGGGUCAAUCUGAUCCACCUGACCCACUACCAAUUCAACCUAUGGAGGUUCAACCUAAAUUGAUGGAGGCAGCAGGGUUGAUGCUUCAGCCAGCCAAGCUGCCGGAUCGAGCUGAAAUAAAAGGCAUGGAAAAUCCACCGGAUACGAUUAUGCAGGAUUCGAAUGCUUUGGCUUCCUUACAAGGGAGCUAG